AUGUCGCAGAACGAGUUUGCAGGCGGUCCAUAUGUCUCACCGAUCUUUGCAGAGGUCGAUGUGAAAUGGUACCAUGGUCGUUCAGAGAUGACGAAGCAUCAGCGGAAAGCAUUCCAAAAAUGCGGUGACCAGUUGGUGUACCGAUUGCUGGAAAUCGAUAGAUUUUGCGGACGUAUGGCUCUAAGCAAUCCAAGAUUUGCGGCAGACGAUACGUUCCCUGUGCGACAUGGUGGAGUCGACAGCGCAUCAGCGGAACAAGGACAGCUAGCUAGCACGGAGUGGAUGGCGAUACAACCAUUCAACGUCAAAAUGGACGCCUACGAUCUCAACAACAGUAGUGCUGACAUCGUCAACGCCAAUUUCGGGAAUAUGUUGAAUGGCUGCGGUGCAUUCCCACAAACAGAAAGAUAUCGCACACGUGCAGAGGCUCAGCCUAACUAA